CUCAGAGCUUCAGAUACCUGAGGCCCUUCAGUCUCACGCACUUGAUCUGAUGCAUUACUUUGCUUUAUUAUUUUUUAAUUCAAGCUACAGAUAUUUCCCUCUCUGUUUCUCUCUAUAUACAGUCUAUACAUCACUCUCGUGUGUUGCUCUCCAGACAAGAGUUUCCUGAAGAGCGCAGGAAAAUAACGGGCUCCGUUUUAUUUCAUCCAGAACUCUUUCAGAAGCUCAGAAACAAUAAACGGAUCCGAGCGGAUCGAGGACUUGCGACAAUUAAAAUGCGUCGCAUCACACGGAACGGGGAUCUGGUGGCGGUGCUGCUGUUGUUGUUUUCGGCUGCGGUCGGCUUCGCUCAGGUGCUGGACCGAACACUCAUCAUGACCCACGAGAGGAGCUCCAUCGAGAGGACAUACGAGCUGACCAAAUACCUGGACCACCAGCUGAAGGAGAUCAGAGACACUUACCUGUCCUAUCUCGGCCCUCCGUUCAGCGAUCCCGGCUUCUCUCCUCCACGUCCCAACAGCUCCUCUCUGUCCGUGCCCAGCGCAGCCACGAGGGUGGACUUGUGGCGAGGACUGGAGAACGGCGCCCGUCUGGCGCAGAACCAGCGGGCGUACAGCGUGCUCCUGUGUGCUGUGAGGGAGCUGGCGCGCUCCACCCUGUGUCCGUACCUCCAGAGCUCCCUCCUGCACUUCUGCUCCGGCCUCAGCGGGCUGCUCGGCUCCAUAUCCGGCCUGAUGAACGCCCUGGGCUACACCAACAUCCCGCCCUCCACACCCGCUCAAGGAUACGCCCCACUCCUGUCCUCACAGUUUCAGGGAGAGAGCGAGAACAGCCCCGCUCCUCUGCGGAGCUACGAGCCUCGAGGCAUUCAGCCCGCCUCGGGCGAGAGAGAGGGAACGACUCGGGCGGAUCUCAAGCGGGACAGAGACAGGGGCAGGAGAGCAAGGAGAAAAGAAGAGGAGGGAGAGAAAGAUGAAGGGAUGGAGAGAUGGGGAAAACGGCGGCGACUAUUGAGUGUAGACGAAGAGAAGACGAUACAACUGAACAUGAACUACACCGCUUUAAAACUCGGAGAUGGAUACAGAAAGCAUGCCGUACUCUUCUCAUCGUCGUCUCUCCAACACCGUCGACCCGUUCGCUCCAUUCCCUCGUCUCCUCUCUCGCUCCUGUAUCAGUACGGAGGGCCGGUCGCCGAGGUGCACUCUUUGCUGGCGGCCCCCGUGUUGUCGUCCCAUCCCGCUCCGAAUGACUUCUCGCGGAAGGUGGAGGGAUUCUGGGUCCUGCGAGAGCUGCAGAGCUGGCUGUGGAGAUCGGCGAAAGACUUCACCAGACUGAAGAAGCGGCUGCGCGCUUGAGAACAAAGCCUCCGUUACGAAACCUAGCGGGCUGUCUUCUAACAAGGCAGUGAAAAAACGUUCAUUGCGAUAUAAAUUUGCAGCUGUGAGGUCUCCGAGGUAUUAUAAGUACUUUUCAUAUUUAAAAACAGAAUCAGAAGUUCUCAGAAUGAGAGUAAUUAGCACUUUAAAACUCCUCCUACAGACGGUUUGACUAGAUUGUCUAUUUUCUAAAAAUGACUGCCAGAUCCAGUUAUUUUAAGCAUCUUUUGGCUUGUCACUUAGUGUGACAUUUUAGGAACUUAAAAAGCUGGAAUAUGCAGGGUAGGGUUAGCGAUAUCUUCACCUUGAACUUAUUUUGGUUUAUUCUAUCUUUGGGGAGGUUUGUUUUUGUUUGCUUCUGUAGCAAUAUCUGGCAACACUGCCCUUAAACAGACAGUAAUAAUAGUAAUAUAAAAUAAGCCCAUAGAGAGCAUGUUAUACUGACAGAAUACCACAUUCAAUAAGACAAACACAGUGAUCUUCUUGAUAUUAUCUGAAUCGCUAUUAUAAGCAGCAGCGUUUAACUCUAGUACACAGUAAGUUACUGCGAAAGAAUCUGCGUGGGGAGAUCAGCUCCAAGGUUUCGGCGCUGAGCAGAAGUGUGUGUGAAACUGACUGAUUCACGCUCUGUGGAUCUCAGAUGGUCACGCUUUGCACUAAAUCACCAAACAGAAGAGAGCCGCCAGUACGUCACGGACAAAGGGAAGAGAGCGCUCUUUGAGAGAGCCAGACGUGAUUCAGCAGAAGGAAAGUGAAUCACGCUCGGCGUCGCGCAGUAGUGAAAGGGUCAACGUGGCAAAAGAGGAGGCAAUGUGGCAUAAUCAAAGAAACAAUGGAGAGUUUUUUGCUGCCUCACAAACUGAGUCAGAAAUGCCUCACUGACACUGACUCGUCUUUUUCCAGACACACACAAAUACACACCUACACAUUUGGAAAGGCAUGCACAAAUCUGAUGUUCAGAUGGCGUGUGUGCGAACAGAAAAAGACACAUAUGAAAGUGUAUUUCAUGUUUUCUGGAAACGUACAAUAGUAGUACCAUGAUAUUUUAUAGAAACACUGAGUGCUAUGUAAAUACCAUGGUACAGUAUGUGAAUGAGGUCACAAUGUUGUACCAUAUUUCUAAAAGUACUAUGUCAUAUGUUUUUGGGCUAUAAAUGGCAAUGUAUAUAUCCUGUUAUAUAUGUCUAAAUACUGUAGUAUUAACAUGUUUUUUACCAUGGUAGCACCACACCAUGCCAAGGGACUCUACACAUGAAUGUGUGUGAGUUAUAAUGCAGAUGAGAGGGUGUUUAAAAGUGUUUGUGUACAGUCUGUGCAGUGAUCUUUGUAUGUGUGUAUAUGUCUGUUGUAUUUAUUUAAAAUAUUUAUUUCUUUGGGGUACGGCUGUAUGAUGUCACUUCUUUUUUUGUUUUUGCAGAGAGUACAAAGGACUUUAAUGGCUACUCUAUGGGUGUGUGUGUGUGUGUGUGUGUGUGUGUGUGUGUGUGUGUGUGUGUGUGUGUGUGUGUGUGUGUGUGUGUGUGUGUGUGUGUGUGCUCUCACCCCUUGAGGACUGGGAGGAUAGCGAGAGUUUUAUUCGUCUGUCUGAGCCAAAUUUAUGACCAAUCCGUUCUUUCAUGUAAUCCCACAUCCUCUCUUCCUCUCUCUCUCUCUCUCUCUCUCUCUCUCUCUCUCUCUCUCUCUCUCUCUCACUCUCUCACGCCUGUCCUCUUCUCUAGCUCACCUACUGACACACACACACUCACACACACACGUUUAUUUAAAUGGAAACAUGACAUUGCAUAAACUUCUAGAAAUACUAUAAUAGAUAAUCCACACAUUAAUCCUAACAAAAAUCAUUUUCUUUAUUUUAUACAGUUUUUAUAAAUGCAUGUCUAUGAGAGGAGGUUUUGUCUGUAUUAGCUCACUUUUGGAUACAAUUGUCACAAGAAUACGGUUAAACAGGUACAAACACACACACACACACACACACACACACACAGACACAGAGACAUUCCUACACCAGAUAAAAUCAAAAUGUCAUUUCAUACUGACGGCAUAAACAUUGCGGUAUAAACACAAUCAGCGUUCAAAUGAACGAAUGUUCAGGUGCUUGUUGUUUCUUCUCCUCAGGCUACGUUUGGGGUAAAAUUAAAGAAUCAAUGAGAAUCUGUGUUUCCCUUUGAGCAACACACCUGCGCUGGAGUUAUCACAGCACCACACCCACACACACACACACACACACACACAAUCA